AUGCAGAUGGUUCCAGCGUUUGGCAUUGAUCCGUCCGCGCAGGCCAGGGCGCCCCGCGGCUCGGCGGCCGAGCGAGUCAGGUUUCCGCAACGCCAGCGGGGCUUGCAGAAUUCGAAGGACGUCUGCAGCCAUGUCGAGGGCCCACGCCUCGAGCCGCCGCCGGCGGCGCCUCGCGCGGCCCGGGAGCCCUCGGCGGGGGCCGGCCGCCGCGCGCGCGUGCCAUUCGGCGGCGCGGCGCGGCGAGGCGCCAAGGCCUACUGGGUGCACCACCUCGACGACGGCAGCACGGCCUCGGAGGACUCCGUGGACGCCAGGUUCGUGCAGGUGCCCGUGCUGAUGGUGAGCUUCCUCCAGCAGCUGGUGCACCCGCGAUGGGGGCUAGCAGCAGUGCCGCCGCACCUGGCCCCGCCAGUGAUGCCGCCGCCGCCUCCCAGCGAGGUCGUGCUGCAGGACCUCUUCAACACGCAGAUUGAUGUCGCUUCCACCAAGCUGCAGGCUGUCUGCAAUGAGACUCUCAAGAAGGCCCAGGACGAUUUCCAGUCGAGCAUGCGGACGAUUGCAUUGGCUGAGGCGCAGGCCUCCGCAUUCGACACGGCGAAGUUGGCGCAGCGGGAGAGGCAGGCGGAGCCGACCCUCUUCACCAUCGGUGCACCGUCGGCCAUCGCGCCGCUGGAGGUGCGCAGGGCCGUCCAGGCUUGGGUCGCCGAGUCGGGCCUCACCAUGGACCAGAUCGAGCUCGACGGCCAGGUUCCAUCGCGCAAGUUCUUCUUGCGCACGAUUGGCGGUGAUGAGGUUGCCCGUCCUCGUGCACUGGCGCUGGCACAAGGUCUCAGGGUCCGCGUGGGAGGCCGGGCCAUGGGCCACAGCGGCUACCUGAGCGUGCCCUCGGCCUCGGGCAGGCGCACGAACCACCUCUUCGUGUGGUUCCAGCCCUGCCUCGAGGGCUGCGACGCCGCCGCGACGCCGCUCAUCCAGUACUUCAACGGGGGGCCCGGCUCUCCGGACACCGUCGGCGCGAUGAAUUCGAUUGGAAACUGGUACGUUGACGAGGGCCUCACCCUGCACGAGCGCUGCUUCGCCUGGUGCAGGAGAUACAACUGCCUGUUCGUCGACAGCCCGGUCAUGACAGGCUUCUCGUACCAGACCGACCUGGCGGGAAAGUUCGACGCUGACCGGAUCGAGUACACCAGAUCGAGCCGCGAGGCCACCGAGCAGGUCCUCGGGGCGCUGCUGCAGUUCUUCGAGAUCUGGCCCGAGCAUCGAGUCACACCGUCGGUUGUCUGGGGACGUGGUCGUGGUCCAGGGCGACCCCGGCUUCCCACGGGGGGCCCCUCGGCGUCCAGAGUUCCUUUCACCAGGUCCAGAAGGCACCAAGUGGCCUCCUCCUUCUCCUCAUCCUUCUCCCUUCUCCUCCUCCUCCUCCUUCUCCUCCUCCUCCUCCUACUGCUCCAAAGCUGUGGGCACUGUGGGCCAGAAUCACCUUCGGCAGCCUCCGACCAUUACGUGCACGGCUUGUCUUACGGCGGACGUUACGUUCCAGAGAUGGCCUACGCCGUGAUUCGGCACAAUGGUGCCAGCAGCAAUCGCAUCAACAUCCAGGGGAUAGCAGCAGGGGACCCUGUGAUGGACAACAAGGCCCAGUUCCCGACGUACGCCACGACGCUUUUUUCUAUGGGCCUGCUCAUGGAGGACGAGCGCGCAGUCGUGGAGUCCAUCAUGGCUAAUGCCACAGCGCUGAACGAUGCGAAUUGCACGCAGUCUUUCUCGGAGUGGAACAGGGUAUUCAACGAUGAUGGUGGCUCAUCUUGUGCGCCCAACUGUGAGUUUCUUUUCAAGGCCUUCACAGGCUCCGAAAUCACAGAGCACCUACUUCUUGGUGCACAGCCGGCGAACUUCGGAUACUUCAGGCGCUUCUUGAAGGAGCACUCGUCCGAGUUCCACUUCAGCGGGCAGCCUCACAACAGCUCCCUGGAAGAGGGUGGCAACGUCUACUCGCCCCGCCCGGCCGUGGUCCGCUCCGGGGACUUCUGCCAGCCGUCCGCGCCGCUGUACGCCUCCCUGUUCCUGGAGGUUGGGGUCGACGUCUUGGUCUACUCGUCGAAUCUGGACCCGCUGCUCGGCCCGCCCUCCACGGCGGCGGGGGUGCGGGCGGCCUGGGACCACGCGGAGGCCGCGGUGCAGGGCGGCGACGAGGCCAAGCGUCAGUUUUACGCCCAUCGGAAGAAGCAGAUCUGGCGCGUUGCGGCCUCGGAUACGGACCCCGCCGGCUACUCCAGGUGCCUCGCCAGGCGGGGGCGGCGCUUCUGCUACGUGGUGGUGCGCAACGCGGGGCACGAGACCGCCCCGUACGCCCCGAGGGCGGGCGCAACGACCUCAACGAGAGUCGCUUUCCUGCGCUUCGCGGCGGUGUCGGCGGGCCCCUUUCGCGGCGCGUGGGUUCACAGCGCGGCCUACCGCCCGGUGGGGCGGAGUAGCGGCGUGCGCGCAUCGCCUGCUGGCCGGCGGGCCGCUGCUGCCCGCCUGCCGCGGGGCGGGCCUCCCCCCCGGGUCGGCGGGCGCCGAGGUGCUCGAGGUGCUCUACCAGUAGGUCGGGCGGACGGGCGCCGAGUGAGCUCGGCGGCCAUCGGGGGGGCAAGUGAGAAGGAGCAGGCUCCCUGA